AUGACGGGAGCAACAAAGGUGUAUAAACUCAACGAGGGUAUUGUUGUUACACAAGAACAGCUUGAUCAUUGGAACUGGUCACUGGCUAACGCUUCGCAUCCGGUAGAAGUGUUAAAAUGGGCAUUAUCGACUUUUCCACGUCUGUACCAGACUACUGCGUUCGGCCUGACAGGUUUGGCUACGAUUGAUAUGUUGGCGAGAUUGAGAGACCAGGAUGCAGAAUUGAAGGUACCGUUAAUCUUCAUUGAUACGUUGCACCACUUCCCACAGACACUAGAUCUACUGAAAAAGGUGCAAGAUCGAUACUAUACGCCUGUUGGACAGCAAGUCGCUGUGUUUAGACCAGAAGGUUGUUUAAGUGAGCAGCAGUUUGCACAGAAGCAUGGAGACUUUCUGUGGGAAAAAGACGAGGACAAAUACGAUUUCUUAGUCAAAGUGGAGCCGGCUCGCAGAGCGUAUCAAUCCCUGGGCUGUUUAGCAGUGCUCACUGGUCGUAGAAAGUCCCAAGGAGCUUCACGAUCAAACUUACAAUUCGUGGAGGUCGAUGAACUGAACAACAUCAUCAAGAUCAACCCGCUUGCUAACUGGACUUUCGACCAGGUCAAGAACUACAUUGACGAACAUGAAGUACCAUAUAACGAACUCCUAGACCUGGGAUACAGAUCUAUCGGUGACUACCACUCCACUUCACCUGUGAAAGAGGAUGAAGACGAAAGAGCAGGCCGUUGGAAGGGCAAGACCAAGACAGAGUGCGGAAUUCAUGAGACCAGCAGAUUUGCUCAGUACCUCAAGGACAGUACGGCUUAA